UAAGUUUUGCUCCUCUCGACUACCUAAAGUGGGAAUACAUACAACAGUGUCGGAACACGGAUCGAGAGGAACGGAAAUCCGUGGGCAUAGAAGAUGCAGACGACGACGGGCGCGAGGGGACCGACCCACCUGGUCGCCCUUUACGUGGCCACCGCCGGUCUUCAGGGUAAUGCUCUCGGUUCGGAUGAGGAGGAGAUCACGCUGCUGGUUUACGUGCUCAUUGAUGUGCUGCAGAACAAGGUGCUGGGAAGGCAACAGUACAUUGUACGACCGAUGGUAAUGGACGAGAGCUGUACGCCUGGAACCGGUAGCGACAAUCCGGCGGUUGCCGGAAGUAGCGGAGUGAUCAGCGAGGCGGCACUGACUCAUGCUCCGACGUUAACUGAAAAAACCGUACGGGAACACGGGAUUCCCCUGGAACAGGCCAUCGAGCAGUUCGAGGCAUGGUGGUCGUCGAUGUCCUGUGUGACGUCCGGUACCGCGCCGCGUUUCGUCGUAGACGGACAGGCGCCGUUGAGACAAUGUCUGCACCCGGAGGCUUGUAACAAAGACAUCGAGUUGCCGGAACCGUACAACCUCUUUCACGAUCUCCGCAAGGAAUUCGUCGCCUGUUAUUCCACACACGGGGAGCUCUCGACCUUUGGAAUACAGGAGAUGUUGGAAUAUUUCGGUUUAUCGUCGGACACCGAGAACGAUUAUCACGUGAAAGAAAUACAGGACAUGAUUAGCGUGAUACAAAGGAUGAUCAAAGAUGGUCACGUCUUCCAAACUCCUGAAGUAGUUAACAUUAUUUUAGAACCUGGCAUAUGCUCAAAAGAUGAAGAAGUGGACAAUGGCUGUGUAGUAAGAGCACGUGGUCUUCCUUGGCAAUCAUCAGACCAGGAUAUAGCAAAAUUUUUUCGCGGCUUAAAUGUUGCCAAGGGUGGUGUAGCUCUGUGUUUGAGUCCUAUGGGAAGACGAAACGGAGAAGCUUUGGUACGAUUUGUUAAUAAAGAACACAGAGAUAUGGCACUAAAGAGACACAAACAUCACAUGGGAGGACGGUAUAUCGAAGUUUACAAGGCCUCUGGCGAGGACUUUGUCGGUGUUGCCGGCGGAACAAGUGGCGAGGCUCAUGCAUUUUUGUCAAGAGGAGCUCAAGUAAUUGUUAGAAUGCGAGGCCUGCCGUACGACUGUGUCGCUAAGCAAGUGUUGGACUUCUUUUUGUCGGGGCAGAAGCCCUGCCACGUGUUGGACGGGGAGGACGGUGUUCUGUUCGUGAAGAAACCAGAUGGCAGGGCAACGGGAGACGCUUUCGUUCUUUUUGCAAAAGAGGAGGACGCCGUGAAGGCUUUGAGCAAGCACAGAGAUUGUAUUGGUAGCCGGUACAUCGAACUUUUUCGAAGUACCAUCGCCGAGGUGCAACAGGUCUUGAACAGGGCGAUCGACCCGAAACAGGUCGUACUUCCAACACCACCCAUUCCGCAGCUUUCCGCGAUACUUCCCCAGCAUAUAAUCACAUCUGGUACGCGUAAGGAUUGCGUACGGUUGCGUGGCCUUCCGUACGAGGCACUCGUGGAGCACAUUCUUGAGUUCAUGGGGGAGCAUUCUAAGAAUAUUGUCUACCAAGGUGUUCAUAUGGUUUAUAACGCUCAAGGCCAGCCGUCCGGCGAAGCGUUCAUUCAGAUGGACAGCGAGAGUUCUGCGUUUGCGUGCGCCUCCCAACGGCAUCACCGGUACAUGAUCUACGGGAAGAAGCAACGGUACAUCGAAGUCUUUCAGUGCAGCGGGGACGAUAUGAAUCUGGUAUUGACAGGUGCGGUAACACCGCCGUCGACCAAGGCUCUGCUAUCACCCGGUACGUUGACCACACAAACCCCCACCACAUUGACACAUCCACCGCCGCCGACGCCGGUACCGGUCCCGGUACCGUCGGCGCAGCCUCCCCUCUGGGACAUUCACGCGUUAGUACAGGCUCAGGCGCAAGCACAGGCGCAGGCUCAAGCCCAGGCCCAGGCCCAGGCGCAGGCGAUCCGUAACCAGGACUUUUGGCUGAUGGCCCUGGCCUCGAAUCCACCGCCCACCUCUACCACUCCCGCCUCUCCGACCUCGUCGAUCUCGAAAACACUGGCCCUACCCGGGCCGAAUCCUCAGCAUCAGAUUCCCGCUUACGCGAUGUCUCCUCCACUAGCCGCAGCCGCUCUCCACGCUCAACCACCGGGUCCCGCCCCGUUUCUGCUCUUCAAUAUGCCCUCGAGAAUUCCGAUUCUAAGGGCUCCAACGCCUCACAGUCUUCUCGCUCCUCUCGUUCAAGCUCCCAUCAAUCCAGCCGCGAUUAUGGGAUUGAAACGAACCUGGGAAUCUGCGUUCCCUCCAGACGGACCAGGCGCUGUCGCGAAACGCGCCACGUGGCACACACCGGCGACCGCGUUCGCCCAGACUCCGGCUGCCGCGCCAGGCUUGCCUUAUCCUGCUCAAUUUUACCCCCAGAUCUAG